AUGGAGGAGGCUAAGGAGAAGGGUCUCCGCAAAACCGGAGAAGGGCAGCGAGGAGACAGAAAAGAUAAGGAACCCGUAACUGGCCGUAGAUCUCCCCCGGCGACAUACCUCAGAUAUCGGCGUCUCACCCCUUUCAAAUUCCGGCUGGCGGCGCUUCCUCCCUCCCAAUUUCUCUCCUUUCUCACUCUGUAGGAAACACCGGAUCUCCGAGCAGUGGGAGGAAGGUCUCAGCCGCGGCAUGAGAGGGAACAGAAACAGCAGAAUGACGCGCUCUCUCUCUCUCCUCCCACUCUUCGCUCUUUCUCUCUCCGUACCAGCCGGGUCUUCGAUCGGUGGAAGGUGAGUAGGAAAGAGGGGGCGGAAGGUUUCCAGUACCGGUCAGUCGCCAUGUUUCCGGUCAGUGAGAAUGAGGGUGGAGGGGGUCAUGUUCGAGUUUAGUACCCUGUAAACGCCACGUGGUCAAAUUAACCAAGUGGGAACACGAUGACUGGUCUGCCGAUCAAGACGUUGUCACGUGGAGGAAACCAGGGACUUGUCCACGCCCCAUGGUCAGCCGUCCAAACUGGAGAGAGCCAACGAGUCACGAUUUUCCGCGAGUAAUCACAACUUCCUCAUAACCAUCACUACUAGCAGGAUGAAAUUUUGUAUCCGCAGGAACUAAGAUAAAGGUUGAAUCUUUUUAGAAAUAAUAACCGACCCAAGUAUUCGGUCGAGCCGUUUUUUGCUUGACGGCCAGCAAAUUUACCAAACUUGGUAAAAAAAGAUCCUCUCUGAGUUUGAGCAACCGAUCAUCAGAGGAGCAGGACAGGAGGGAACGAUUUGUCUCUUCCCUCUUUCUCCCCCUUUCCCAUGUCGCUCACUCGUUUUCUUAUGCUCAAGACACUCUCGAAAAACAAGCAGCGAGAGAGAGAGAGAGAGAGAGAGAGAGAGAGAGAGAGAGAGAGAGAGAGAGAGAUAAGGACGAGCGGAAUCUGCCAUUGACGUGGACGAAGCAGAGCGUCAGAAUCGUGACAUUUUAGGCACGUGAAUCCUUUGUGGUCAUGACGAUAACAUCCACACCACCGUGAAGGUAACCAUCGAUAAUAACGUGGGACCAAUCACGAAGACUCAGCUUCUUGAGGAGUGUCUCUCACUGGCGGAGAUAAGAUUGCAGUUCACACGUGGAGAUUCGAUCACAAUUUUUAUACUUGGGAGAAAGCAGAGUCGCACGUGCGAGUUGGUUCCCCAUAUCGUUCUCUAGGCUACCGAAAUAUCUUACAUGGUCUAGGAGAACUUGAUGGCUACAGGAAAUUCUCCUCGAAACAUUUUCUUAUGAAGCGAGAAGAUGUUCAAAUUUUCACUCCAUAAAUUCCCCUGAAGCCAUAGAAUGACUUAAAUUGAAACUUUAGCUCUUAUUUUUUUUAUAUUUCUGUUAACAUAAAUUAGUUGAACUUAAAUUGAGGGCAAUUAUUUACUAACACCGUGAGUUUUUUUCUAUAUUUUCCUACAUCAUGUACUUGAUCUUAUUGACUUAGAAUUGUAGUUAACAGCACCAACCUGAUAUAUUAUUUCUGCUCAUGAUACAAUGACAACUAAGGGAGGAUAUGUUUAAUUAAAAUGUAACUAAAUUCAUCAUUAAUAUUUUUUUAUAUUUACAAAUAAUAACUAUAAUUUAUUUACAAAUAUAAAAAUAUUUUCUCAUAUUUUUUGGGUUUUUUCAAGUUGGAUUAUGUAUCACUUAACCCUAAGAUUUAUAGAUUUGAUUCAAUAAGGCUGAUGCGAGUGUUCAAUAAAACAAGGAUGGAAGCAUGUUCCUGUGGCCAUCUCCAUCCUCUCCCACCUCUCUCUAUCAUUCUAUGCUCACUACUGUGGUCGAAAAAAUAAUGUGCUUAACAGUUAAAUAUAAUUUUAAGAUGAUAACUAAAACCAAAUAAUUUAUUUGUCACUAGAAUUUUUUUUCAGGACUGGACACUAGAAACAUAAAGAUCUUCUUGGUAAUUUGGACAGAAUUGUAAACAAUAUUCGUAACUAGAGGGAGUUAUUCAUCACUAAAAUUCCUUUUUAGUGGGGAUUAUGAGCUAAAAAUCUAGUUAUGCUCGAACUUUCAUUUUCUAGAUUCCAAUCAAGAAUUAUAUGUCCAUUAGACUUAGUUCUUCUUCUUCUUCUUUUCAUUCUUUGAAAUAUCCAAAUUGUAUGUAAUUUGUAUACUUUUACAACGCUGCACUAGGAUUCCUAAAUGAGAGUUAACUACUACAAGAAACGCUCUCUCUCUCUCUCUCUCUCUCUCUCUCCCAACGCGGGCGAGAUCAGUUGACUAAACAAAAUUAUAUAAAAGUCCUGUUUAACCACACGUGAUUUUUUGUGCUCAUGGGUCACGUCCUCCUAGAAAGAGUCAAUUUAAACUCGGCUUCAAAGUCAUACACGCAUUCUAACCUAGGAAAAUGGUUCUGUAGAAAAGACUGAAAGUGAAGCACACAUCCAAAACGUGAUAAAAACACGGAGGUCUACAUGUCUUGCACACUCAACAGCGUAGACCUUGACCUAUUCAACAAACUAACAAAUGAACUGGUUACCCCACGUGGGGGUUCUCAGAUUAAAAUAAUUGGUAUUUUCAUGCCGGAGCCCACCUUGGAGCCCACCCUGGUCUGGGUUUCUCAGGAAUUCGGCCUCAAAUUGAAGUUAUGAACCAGGGCUUUGAUGGAGAGGCGCUCGACCGUUUGUUUUGGUUAUCACGUGGCUGUCCCCUGAUUAUCCAUGGGGCAUAUAUGUCACUCUCGCUCUCUCAUUGGUGAGUAUUGGUCGCUAGAUGGGUGGCUUGAAUUUGAUUAGAGUUCUGCUGAGAACUCAUUGUCAGGGUUUUCUUUAGGAAAUAUGCUAAGCUCAUGUCCUCAUCAAAGAUGAAUAUGCUUAGGCUAGGCUUGACAAGACCCUGAUGGAGUCAGAUCCGGGCGGGCGCAUCUCUCUCUUCGGUGAAGGUCAAGACACAGUCUCAUCUAGUCUGACUCCAGGUUCACAUGGGUCUGGACCGAAAUCCAUGUUGGGGCUGGUCUGUGGACCCAAGUCAGGCCGAAGCCUUAGGGAAAUGGGGGCCGAGACACCACGUGCGAAAACAGAAGCUUGACGGCUGCAGUGAGUGACAGUCGGAUGGGAUCCAAAUCGGAGAAAGGGGUCGAUUUUUUUCUUAAAUUUCUAAAUACUCUUCGUCCUGAUCCCCGUAGUUGAUGUUUUUGACCUCCCACGAGCCCCCAGUUCUGCCCUUCCUCUUGUAUUGGGCCUUUCCAUGUAUGAUGUUUUUCGAGGAUGUAGGAGGCAUACAUGUUCAUGCAUGGAUAUCAUGUCCUUGUGCCAUCUCUGUUCGUCGCUCAAACAUAUGCUUUCCCAUAAAAUUGCCAUGUGUUUUGUGAAGCCAUAAGAAAUAGUUUUUUUAAAAAAUACUUCACUUGGAGGCUACUCAACAAAUUGCACGAUGCACAAGCCACAUAAAAUGAGUAAAAUCCUUUAUGAGUGGUCCAUCCACUUAGAAAGUAGGGAAAACAUUUUAAACGUGAUAACAUUAUUUUCAUUGCUUGGGAAAGAAAGUUGGGCCAACUAAUGGUCCAUGACACUGUUUAAGAGAAAGACUUGGACAAGUAGAAUGAGUGGUUCCUUUUUUCUGAUAAAUAUGUGAUUUUGAUGGGCUCAAGUCAGCUUACAAAACACAUAAAACAUGAGAUAGAUCAGAUAGAUAAGGCAUGGUCUUUUUGAUAAGACAUAAAAUGGGUGGUGUCUUUUUCAUAAUAAACACGUGAUUUAGAUGGACUCAAAAGUCAACUUUGCAUACAGGAGUCAUAAAACAUGUGAUUGACUUGGUCAAUAAGAUAUACUAUUUUGGAAAAGAUAGAAUGAAUGGUCUUUUGUUCAAAUAAGCAUGUGACUUAUAGUCUGAAAAAGUCAACAUUUUAUACAAAAGUCGUCAACAUGUGAUAAAUCAUGCCAAUAAGACAUGCUAGUUUUAAUAGAAUCCAACACAUGACAGUUAGUUUGGAUUGAGUUUUUUGAAGAUUUACGCUUAAAAUGAAUUCCUACACAUGACAAUCAAUAUUCUUGUAGAAUCAAUGUUUUGUUUUUUUUAAAAUAGAAACAAAGUGUGAUGUAUUCUCCUGAUAGAAACAUAGGAAAAGUGUGUUGGUUGACACCCUAAUAGAGUAUCAGUCCAAUCUAAGGAACCGAUUUUAGAUUCUGAUAAGAAUUAUGCAACUAGAGGGAAUUUAAGAGUUUGGAUAUUUAUUGUAGGUGAAAAGUAUACAAUCGUAACAAAGUGAGAGUUAAGCAUAUGAUUAGGUGGAAUUUAUGAUUAAUCCAUAGGUCUACUUCCCUCUCAAACUUAUCUUUUAUAAUUCUUCAAAGACUUAAUGUUGAACUCUUAGUUUUAGUGAUGACGAGAUUAAAUUUUAAUUUUUAGAAUUAAAUAUUUUUCUAUUUUUCAAACCAUUCAUCAAUUAGAUUAAAUACUUUAAUUGCUUAGUUUAUCAUAUUUUCAUGCAUAUUUUAAAUUAUUAAGUGAAUAAUGUUUAAAAUACCUACAGCAAUUAAAUGUUAUAAUUUUUAACUUUAUAACAGCUAAUCAACUUUCCACAUUUUUCAAAUUAGUACGCAUUUACUUGUAGACUCAUUUUUCAAGUGAAAAUAUUUUAAAUUAUUCAUACUAGUUUCACCACUAUCUUAAAAGAAACAAGGCUGACUUAUGUUUACAUAGAAAUAAAUUCAAUAGUGUUGGUUCCCUUAUAGGCUAGAAUAAAUAUUAAAAGGAGGGGGUAAAAUACUUCUCUUCUGGAUUUUUUAUUUUAAGUGAUUUUUUUAUAGUUUUUGAAAAUUCUAAGAGUAAAAUAAUGACAUGAGUUUUUAUAAGUCGACAUAGAAUACUUUGGGUAAAACAAUUAGGUCAACACACAAUGAUUAGAUGAACUAACACAAAUGGUAGAUACACUAAUUGAAAUAAUUAAGUUGACACGCUUAUUUUUACUUUGUGUUGGACAUAAAGAUUUAUAGUUGUUAAACCUUUCCUUAUAAACAUCAACUUUCCAAAGGUCUCUACCUUUAUUUCCAUUAUUCUUCCUCAAAGAAAUACAAUUGAAUUCCUAAGAUUAAUAUCUUAAUUUCUACUAAAACAUUUUCUUUUGCUCUAAACUUGAUUCUUAGAUUAGUGAAUCAAAACAUAUUUCAUAACAACUUUUUAUUUUAUCUCUAUAUGACUAAUUAUUAAUAUCAAAAUCAUUAAACCCAACUAGUUGAAGGUUUCAUGCUUUAUUGAUCUAGUGAAAACUAUGAUAUAUAUAUAUAUAUAUAUAUAUCAACAAUUUUCCUUAAUUUACUUUGAUCAUAUAUUGGCAUGCCUAUGUUUAUAAGAAAGGCAAAUGAAAUGCAACAAAAAACGUCCAGAAAUAUAAAAUAAUUGAUCUAAUAUUGCUUUUAUAAUUGUAACAUCUAUUUUCUAAGGUGAUUUGACAUGUGUAUGGUGUGAUAACUAAUUAGAUGAGUAGUUUCUAGUCAUUACAAGUGAAUAUUAGAGGGUUAGAACCAAAGAUUAUGAGAGGAGGAUUCCCUCUCACAUUCAUAGAUGAAAAAAAAGAGGAUCCAAGAGCCGAUAUCUAAUACUAAAAGAGCCGAUAUUCUUCAUAUUCUUCAAAAACUAUUUUUUUACCAAAGGCAAGUACACUAUCAACUAUAAUUAGUACGAAAUUAUAGUUUUAUUGUUAUAAUUUUAUUUAACAUUGUUUUUAAAGAAAAUAUAAAACUAUUACAUGAAGAAUAGUUUCUUUCAUGUGAGAUCUCAUUAUAGCAGGUCUAAGUUUACCUCUGAAAUAUAUUUUAAAAAGUAAUGCCUCCAUAGGAAACUAUUAGUAUUAUUUUGUUGGUAUUUUUAAACUACUUCUUAGUUUUCAAAUUUGGAGCUACUUUCCUCAACUAAGGUGAGCUGACUUGCUUAGAGACAAAAAAUUUCAAUUUUCAUUUUAGUCGCUCAAAGUCCAUUGCCUAGUAGAUUAUUUUAUAGGCCUAAACUUAAUCUUCUUUAAACCUCUUGUUAAUAUAGUUGGUGAACACUUCGGCACCAAUUUAAAUAAUAGCUCUAUGGGCCCAAACCACUUGGUUUCCAACACCAACACACUCAUAACUGUACAUCAGUUUGAGUACACAUAGUGUUCACUUUUAUGGAAAUCUUCCACAACUAUAAAAGCUUUAAGUGGAAAAUAAUAAAGCCAAUAUGAUUAUUUUAGAUCGUAGCUUCCUUGGGUUAUGAGGUUGGGGGCUUUCAAGUGGAAGCUUAAAAGCAUGGGUUGAAUAGUUAUUCUAGCGUAUGUAAAAUACAUAAACAUUCUCUCUCUAAGGUUGAGAGAUAAAUCUUGAGGCUUAUGCUUAGAUAUAUAAAUCAUGGAAGUGUCAAUAUGUAAUUAUAUAGUACUGUUCUAUUUAGUUGUGAGAAACCAACAAGUUAUGUUAUGGCUAUUAUAUCUUGUGUAGCAUUACCUUCCUACAUAGCUGUUUCAUAUAGGGUGAAUUUGUCUCCAAAGUUGACUUAUUUCCUUAAUCAAGAAAAUUGAAGAAUCUAUAUCUACAUUAGGUUGCUAAAUCUUGUGGCUCUUUUCCUAUGGUUGCUAUAAAUUAUAAAAGAUAGUUAUGAUAAUGAAAAAUAUAUUACUUGUAUAUUUUGUUGAUAUCAAGAUAGUAUUGACUCCAAAAUCUACUAGAGAACACAUAUGUCAAAGGGUUAGGCUUGAAUAAAGCAUUAAAUAAUCUCAAAGCAAUGCUUGAGUAUAACUUUUUACCAUCACUUGCAUUUUCCUCAAACCAAAUGAGAUUAGGUGACUUCCCGAUGAAUUAUCCAUUAAUGUGCUGGGUGAGGCUGCAAUUUUAAUUUUGUUAGUGUUUUUAUCCUCACACGAAAAAAAAUGAACGAGUCUCACUAAGGGUUUAUUCUACUAUUGACAAGUAACAUUUAUGCCAUACAUAGGAGUUCCUAUGUUCCCUCUUAGGCACAUAAUGUCUUCUUGUUCGAAAAGUUCUCUUAACACUAACAAAAUUCAGAGCUAAUGAUUGAUAAGCACUAAUCCAGAGCUAAUGUCUUCUUGUUCGAAAAGUCCUCUUGACACCAAGCUAAGCAGCACGUGAUUGAUAAGCUUAUGUACAUGAAUCAUUUAAAGAAAGAGGGAAUCCAUUCUCUCAUAAGGCACGUUUCUAAUAUUACAAUAUUCAGAGCUAAUGAUUCCUAAUCCAACAAGUGAGUCCAAACCCAGCCACCGUUACGUGGGUUAGUAAGAGAUGGGUCAACAAAGCAGACCAUUGAAAAAAAGAUGGGAAAUAGUUUCUAGGUGAGUUCCUAUUAUUUCACGUGUUUUUGUGUCCCUCCAUAGUCCAACGAGAGUAUUUUAUUGAUAAUAGGAUCCAUUUCGACACGUGAAAAAUGCAGCUGGACACAACGCCACGCCAGCGCCAACAUGGAAAAGCUUUUUUCGGUCAGCGCCAGCCCCAGAAGCCCCCGGUUGACUUGGUGGGCCUUGCUUGAUGAGUUCUCGUCACCAUUACAACCACCGCAGUAG